AACCCACUCUUUGCUUACAGACCCCAAUCAGUUAUGUCCUGACUCCACCAUAUCCAUCUCUAUCUCAUGAAUUUUAAAUUUUGAAUAAAACAAUGAAAAUAUUGGAACUCGAACAAACAUUUCUUGAAAUAUGGAACUGCUCCUCCUAUCUUUAAAAUAACUGUUGUCACAGGUUUGGGUGGUGCUUACAGAAAGAAAAGAAAAAAACAGCAUCAUGGAGUAUGUAGAAGCAUUCCUAAGCGAUUUCUCCGUCGAUGACCUUCUUGACUUCUCUAACACGGACGCUUUCGUACGAGAGAAGUCUUCACCAAGAGAAGAAGAACGUGAGAAAGCUAACAGCUCUCCCGACCAAAUUACACUUCUUUCACCUCUCGAAGAUAUCUUAUCUCUUCCCGGCUCUGACUCUAAGCUCGACGUUCCAGUUGGUGAUUUGGAAGACCUAGAGUGGCUAUCCAAUUUCGUGGAUGAUUCUUUCUCGGAGACUUAUUUUUCCGGUGACUUUCCGGUGAACCCAGUUGCGUCGGUGGAGGUUCAGAAGCAGUGCAUUCCAGUUAAACCCCGAAGCAAACGACGUCGUACUAAUGGUCAUCUAUGGUCUCUUGGGUCGCAGUAUUCCUCAUUGUACACGGGAAAGAAAAAGAGAGGUAGACCCAAGGCAGAGACGUCGUCCGGGGACGGUGUCCAGCAGCAGCAGAGGCGGUGCUGCAGCCACUGUGGGGUCCAGAAAACGCCUCAAUGGAGGAUGGGUCCGUUAGGUGCGAAGACGCUGUGUAAUGCUUGUGGGGUCAGGUUUAAGUCGGGUCGGCUUUUACCGGAAUACAGACCUGCUUGUAGCCCGACAUUCUCGACCGAGAUUCACUCUAACUCACACAGGAAAGUGUUGGAGCUGCGACUGAUGAAAGCGGCGGAUCAGGGUCAGUGUUGACCCGUUGAAACAGAGGUUUUCGAUUUACUAGUUUCACUAGGGUGAGACCGGCGGAGUGAGUUUAGCCCUUUAAAAAGAAAUUAAAGUUUGAGAUUUUAUGUUCCAACAUUAUGUAUUUCAUAAAAUUAAAAGAAUUCAGGAGCUGAAGUAUUAAAGUCUAAAAAAUGUAAUAUAAACGGGCAGU